AUGUGGGCCAACACACUCGCCCCAUACCUCAACUCCAUCCGCAGCUCGCUGGACUCGGCGCUGUGUCUGCGCAACUUCCCGUCACAGGCCGUAGAGCGCCACAACAAGCCCGAAGUGGAGCUACAGAUGAGCAAGGAACUACUUCUGAACCCCGUUCUCAUCUGCCGUAACGAGCAGGAAAAGUGUCUGAUCGAGCCGUCUAUCAACUCGACACGCGUGAGCAUCUGCAUCAAGAAGGCGGAUGAGAUCGAGACGAUUCUGAGCCACAAGUUCAACCGCUUCCUCAUGCAGCGAGCCGAGCAAUUCAUCAUCAUGCGGCGAGUGCCCGUGGAGGGCUACGAUAUGAGUUUUCUCGUGGUGCACCAGCACCUCGAGAAUAUGUACAAACACAAGCUCAUUGACUUCAUCAUCACCUUCAUGGAGGAUAUCGACAAGGAGAUCAGCGAAAUGAAGAUUUCGCUCAAUGCACGUGGCCGCAUUGUCGCCACUGAGUUCAUGAAGCAGUUUACCUAAUCAGGCAGCGACGACCCACAGUCUGGUGUCACAGAACGAUGACAAACCGAGCCAGUGGCAGAUUGAAGUCUAGAUGCUGUGAUUUUCUUGUGGCGGUACCCAAAUAAAUGACAGAAGGCGACGCGACAACUGUAUGCCCCGCCGAAUUCAAACGUCUAGAGCUACUUGUUCUGCUCGCAUAGUCUACAUAAUACUGCAGUUGGCGUCUCCAGAGCAGUCGGCAUCGUCGCCGCACUGCUGCAGUUUUCCAAUGAAGCACUUUUCCAUCAUUUUC